AUGUAUCGACGCGGGCGCAUGUGAAUCAGGCUGUCAAAGCGCAGUUAUAAAACCGGGACGGGCUUGUUCGUCAAGUUCUUAGCCACAAUAUCCUUCGAAGAGAACAGACGCUAUAUAGUUAUGGCUUUCAAAGGCGAAAUCAAAAUCAUAGUGAAAGUGACAUCAACUAAAUUUAUGUUGCCAGCCAGACUGACUCGGACACAUAGAACAAUUAUCCCAACUGCGUUUUCUAAAACAUGCCGUUCGGAUGUGAUCGGCGCCGGAGUUCAACGAUUGAGACACGAAGCGACAGAAGGAAACGUAAGGCCAUGUAAGCGAAGUCGAAAAGCCAGAGUAUUCCCGAAACGGCUUGGCAGUCAUAAGAGGGAUCCUAGGAAAAUAUGGUUGCAAAAACAUCGUGAUGAGUUAUCAAGCGAGAAGUUACAACCAGAAUCAACUACCGCACACUCGUUGUUUUCGGUCCCACCGUUACCAGAAUGUCCCCCUGGUUCCAGCCCCUCCCCGCCGCCGCAUGUACCCUCCGACAGCCCCGUGUCACCAAGUCCCCGAGGUGGCAGGCUUGUCAAUCCCGUCCCCCGCCACAAGAGGUCUUCUCAUAUUAACGCCGAGUACCGAAGGAGAAAUAAAAUACAGACGGGGUUUGAAACCUUAAAAGAAUUGGUGCCUGCCCUCGCAGAGGACAAAAGCGUCUCAACCAAAGAAAGUAAAUCGGCAAAGUUACACAAAGCUGCAGAACAUGUUCGUGGGCUCAAGUUCGAUCUGAAGAGUCAACAAGAGGAACUACAAGCGCUCAGACAGGAAAUAGCAGACUUAAACUCACAAAUCCAGACGUUUCACCAACAACUUCCGGCCACGGGUAUUGCGGUUGUUGAGAAGCCACUCUGUCACCUGGAGACCAUGUUCGAGACUAUCUCAAGUCAAGAACACAAGAAAACUGGAAGUUCUGGAUCUUUAGUGUAAUACUACGUCCGCUGUUUGAGUCCUACACCCGUGUUGUGACCAGCGCCACACCUACUUCCUUCCUCCAGACCGUGCGUGACUGGGCACAAGAACAUCUCACUCUCGUCAAUCUCCGGCCAUGUGUUUUAUCAGCACUGCGGCACAUAAGUCUCAACUCCUGCAUUCUCACGGAACCAGAAAAACUCCCCGAAGAAGCACAGCAGAGAGUCAACGAAUUGCUUCGCGACAAAUCCGCUCAGUAGUCCGACAAGAGUUGUGUCCCCGUGACAAGCGUUCUCUACAUAAGUCUUUCAAUGGCGGUCAGAGCUUGACCUCGGCCGGUCACGGUAUGGUCAUACAUGGCAUUAUCAAUGUUCUUGAUAAUGAGACCAUUUACUGACUGUCAGGAAACAAAUGGUAAACAAAUUGCACAACGAAGCACGAAACCUUGAAGGCUUUGUUCCACCACCAUUCCUCUAGUUCUACGCCUUAACCAGUCACGGAAGAACUAGAGUGAUCAAGAACAGAGGUUGACCAUGUUAUUACACAUAGUAUUAUAUUGUGCGCAGCCUCAACAUAUACUUGGCAAUAGACAUUCAGUGUGUAAACUGUGGUGUCAACAGUGGAACUGAACCAACGUUUACACAGACAGUGAUAAAGUCACUGACAUCGGACCAUAGAAUAACAUAGGCCGUAUAAGGACUGAUCUUGGGCCAAAUAAGGACUGAUCUUGUGCCAUAGAAUAACUGAUCUUUGGCCAUAGAAUGACUGAUCUUUGGCCAUAGAAUAACUGAUCUUUGGCCAUAGAAUAACUGAUCUUUGGCCAUAGAAUGACUGAUCUUUGGCCAUAGAAUGACUGAUCGUUAACCAUAGAAUAACUGAUCUAGGGCCAUAUAAGGACUGAUCUCAAAGACAUUAUGACCUUGUCUCUUGUCAUGCCGUGAUUGUCAUACCAUCACAGCUGCCAGUGUACCCGUUCCUCAAGAAACUAAAGUGCUGGAUAUUCUUAUAAAUACAUUAAUGUUGUUAUAUUAUACCCCGACUUUAGCCAUUUUGUUUUGCUCAAUAUGGCUGAGAUAUACGCAUGAUGGCUUCAGACAUCGGCAGGGCAUUGGUCAGAAUCCGUGUCUCGACUGGAUCAUGCUGGACAUUGGUCUAUGAACGACCGGCAGCGGAUACUACCAAAAUAACAUAUAUUUUACAACCACCCACGUUCAGCUGGCACGAAUUGGUACAACAGAAGUAUUGUUCCAAGCAGCGCCAAUCCGAAGACACUCUCUCACCAUCCCGUACAGACAUUCCGCUUCGCCAUAAAUGGCUGCGACAGUGCCCAAAUAUUUAUUAUGACUCGCUUAUGCUGAAGAGCUUUGCGUUAGUAUUCACGGAAAUGAUGGAAUUCUUGUGAUAUAGGUGCUGAUAAUUACGAUGAUAUUUAUAUAUUCCGUUACCCAGAUGUGAUAAUGAUGAUUAUGUAACUUGGGAAUGUAAAACAGCAUAAUAAUUCUUGGUACUAAGUGCUAACGUUGAAUAUGUUACCUAGUGUUACGGUGAUGUGUAUUUGAUCAUGUCGUCACUGAUUGUUAUACAUGUGUACAUAGUACUCCAUGUCCAUCACAGAUCACAUACAGUGUCAUAUGUUAUGUAUAUUUAUUUUUUGUUGAUGAAAAAUAAUAAAUCGAUGUAAGAAUU